GUUGCUCACUACAUCUGCAUCCUUGACUCAGCAUGUGACCAGGACUUCUGGAAUUUACCAGACACAAUCUUAGAGCAGAUCCUUCUGGAGCGACUGCGACCAUUCGUUGGUGGUAACUUUGACGGGCCAUCGUGAUAAUGCCUCCCUCAAGUCUGGUGGCGCCGAUUGGCUACUCUCGCUCGACUUGUAACUACUGCGACCCGUCAUUGAAACUGAUAGAAAAGAAGACAUCGUGUACAUACGGCGCCUGGGCUUAUGACCUCUCGCCAUACGAGUAUCAAGAUCUCAUUGACAGCAAUUGGAGGAGGUCGGGACUAUAUCUGUACAAGCCUGACAAUCUGCGGACAUGCUGCGCUCAUCUUACCAUUCGAUUGAAAGCAGAGGAUUAUCGACCCGGCAAACAGCAACGCCGCUCGCUUGCAAGGCUGUACUGGGACGUGCGUGGUGCUCAGCGGCCUUCGAAGAAGAAAGGCAAGGAUAAUGCAAAAUUCGGUUUACCCAAGAGGUGGGCUCAAAUAGAAUCGACGGCGGACGAAGUCAGUAAGGUUGCAAACAACAGUCAAAUGUCUGGGUCAAACAGAAUCACAAAAUGCUUGAAGACCAGCCUAGUUCCGAGCACUUUCACGGCAGAAAAGUACUCCCUCUUUCGACGCUACCAGAUCGCAAUACACAGCCAGUCACCAGGAGACGUGUCCUCUGAAGCCGGGUUCACUCGCUUUCUAGUAGAUUCACCUAUCCGACGCAUGCUACCUACUGCGUCCGACACCAGCACUGAAGAGGCGGUACCAUACGGUAGCUAUCAUCAUGAAUACCGCUUGGACGACAAAUUGAUUGCCGUUGGCGUCCUGGACAUUCUGCCACACUGUGUGUCUUCCGUCUACCUUUUCUACGACCCAGCAUUCUCGCACCUCAAUCUAGGCACGAUCAGCGCCAUGCGAGAAAUUUUGCUCGUGCAGCAAUUACAACAGCGGCCGAAUAUGCAAGACCUGGAGUUUUACUACUUAGGUUAUUACAUUCAUGACUGUCAGAAGAUGAAGUACAAAUCUCAAUACAAGCCUAGCGAGCUGCUCGACUUGCGCGAUGGGACUUGGCGUCACUUCGAUAGUGUGAAGCCAGCGCUCGACCGAGGCGUACGAUUUGACUUCAACUCAUCAACAGCCGCUUUCCGUGAUCACGGGCACAGAAAAUAUUCAGUCGAAGGACCCGCUACUCCUUCAAGCUCAAUUCCCUCGCCGGCUCCUCCAGGCUUUCUGGACCUGUCGGCGGUCGCCAACCCAAGCGCAAUAUCUCAAUGGGCGAAUAUAUUCGUAAUCGACGCUGACGCACAGGAGCAAGGCGCUCAGCCGUUGCUUGUACUGCCGUAUGUUUUGGCCGGCAAGAUGACCAGUACAGCGAAGGGAGCCAAGGCGUGCAACUUUAUUGCUGCCACAGGAUUCGAAAUUGUCAGCCGAUGUAUUCUGUUCCUCAUAGGAGAUGACGGCAAUG